AUGACAGAAUCAACAGCAUCUCUCAUUGAAUCAUUGUGCCCUGGGAAGCAAACAACAAAAGCAGUAAAAAGGAAAAUCCCUUUUAUGGUUCAAUCGCGUCCUUCUACAUCUACAUUCAUCACCCAUGAACCUGAACCCAUUUAUUUUUGUUGUUGUGUUAUAUUCUUCCUUCAUCUUCGUCCCAAAACAAUGUUACUACAUAUAUACUCGAGCAGAGCCAAAAUACACGAUUAUACUUCAAACAAACGACAAAAAUACAUUCAAGAGGGCGACGCUUACGAGACGGAAUUCCUCAACAACAAGCGUGUGUGGGAAGAAGAAGAGUAUCUUUUCCGAUGA